CUUGACACUUGAGGGAAAACGGUGAUUUCAUCCGCAUUUUUGUAAAAUAUAGGAAGUGUGUGUAGCACGAAUCUUUUGGCUGUGUUAGAAAAAUAGAAGGCUCGAUCAUGUGGGAACAAAUUAUAGAAUACUUAAAAGAUCCAUUAUUAGUGAUUAAAGUACAAAACUUUUUUGGUGUAACUUAUAAAAGCAAUCAAAGUACACAAGAAAAUGAAUCAGCGUCAGCCGAAGUGGUACAUUCAGAUAGAGUGGAGCGUUUGGCUGAGGAGAAUGAUGUGAAACAGCACAAGAGGAUUCCUAGUAACAUAUCGAGUAGUUCGCAGUCCUCGGCAUAUGACACUGAUAGUUCUGGAGACAGCUGCGGGAAGGAUGUUGUGGAGUGUCGCAUAGACAAUAAGUUCUGGUACUACCUGUUCGUGCUGGGCACUGAAUUGGGAGACGAGAUAUUCUACGCGACUUUUAUUCCGUUUUGGUUCUGGAACAUUGAUGGAGCUGUUGGCAGGAGAGUGGUGCUGGUGUGGACUGUAGUCAUGUAUAUUGGUCAAGGCUUCAAAGACAUAAUCCGCUGGCCUCGUCCAGGCUACCCAGUGAAAAAACUGCAACAGAAAUGGGCAGUAGAGUACGGAAUGCCGUCGACUCACGCUAUGGUGGGAGUGUCCAUACCAUUCUCCGUGUUAUUAUACACCAUGGAUAGGUACCAGUAUCCUAUACAUUGGGGGAUGGUCAUCGCGGUCUCAUGGUGCACACUAAUUUGUGUCAGCAGGGUCUAUCUGGGAAUGCAUAGUGUGUUGGAUAUAGCAGCAGGGUUGCUGUUGGCGACGGCGCUGGUGUCGGUGCUGAUCCCGGUGGUGGACCAUCUCGACGGGUUCCUGCUCACCUCGCAGUUCUCACCGUUCCUCGUCAUAGCUGCCUCCAUUCUAGUCAUCGUAUUCCAUCCUAAUGCUGACAAAUGGACGCCUACCAGAGGCGACACCACGAUGAUAGUGAGCGUGUGUGCGGGCAUCCUGUUCGGCUCCUGGACCAACUACCAGCUCGGUAACAUGGUGGCCAGUCCGCUGGACCCGCCCUACGAGAUCAUAUGGCCUUCCAAGGAGAUGUUGGGAUGCACCAUCCUCAGAACCAUACUCGGUUUCUGUGGAGUCCUCGCGACCAGAGCCAUUGGCAAAUCUGUGUCUUACGCCUUCGUGUGUGCCCUACUCGGGAAGGAUAAGAACGAACUACGCAAUUCAGAGGACAGCCUAGACAAUAAGAAUAAAAUUAUAGUGGAAUUAAGUUAUAAAUACUUCACGUACGGCAUGAUCGGGUUCAAUACGACAUACGUUUUUCCAAAUGUGUUCUCUCUGCUAGCGAUCAAUAGGCCCACCUACUACACGGAGAUUUAAUUCGUUUCUAGUUGCGCCGGGGGCUGUUGUAAUUUGCGAAGUGUGACGUGCGCGGAGCCACGAUACUAUACUAGCGAAAUACUUAACAUACUCACAACUAUGUGUUUAUAGCACUAAUGGUCGUAUGUAUGUUGUUCAAAUGCCUUAAUAGAAAUAAUGAUAUAUUUUAAUGUUCAGAUAUAAAGUCGCACUUCGUCUACUUAUGCUAUCUGCAUUAAAAUGCACUCGCACAGUUUCUCUAUGUUAUCGGCAACAUCUUAAUGAGUUUCUGUCCAGCAGUGUGACGGAGACAGAGAUUAUAUUUAUACUAUGUCGUCCUUAAUUUAAACAAGUGCACUUUCAUGUUGUUUGUCAUAUCGCCACUGAGCAUUGUUAUCUGUAUGAAUGAUUGUAUGAAGUUUAUUUUAUGUUUUUCUAGUUGGUAAUGUCUUUGAGUCCGGACUACAUGUCUAAAAUUAUAACAAUGGCGUCUUGAGUCCGGGCGUAUGACGCUAUAAAUUAAAAUAUUCCAGUAAUCUUACAAUUAUUUUAUAGUAUUUUGUCGAAUAUAGUAUUAUAUUGUAUUUUUGUACACGAAGAGUAGGUUGUAGUUGUGCACCGAUAGAUGGCACUGUGGUGUAGAGCACACUAUAAACGAAGCUUUACAUAGAAAAGAGGGAGAGAUAGUCGGUAUUUGUAUAUAAAUGUUAUAAGUGAAUAGUAACGGGCCUGGUUAUGUAUGUACGUGUGUCUUCAAUUCCUUUUUGUAUCGAAGUCUGAAUGAGUAUCUAAAACAUCACAAUUUACUUGACAAACACGAGCUUAUAGAGUUAACACUAUACAUUGAUAUUAUAAUAAGUUGAGGCUAAAAUAUAACAUGUUUCAAAGUUGAAACUAUUCCAUAGAUUUACGAUCCGAUUGGAAACUAAACGAGUAAUGAAUAGUCAAUAGACACGGUAAUAAAGGAUGACGUCAGAUUUUUGUUCAGUAACGAGAUAUAUUUGAUGUGUUUUAGCAUCGUUGUUAAUGUUCCACUACUAACACAUAGUGUAGGUUGUGAAUACUGACGGGAAGUGCCUGCUAAUGUGACUUCACUUAGAGUUACAAUAAAUUAUAUUGCUAAACGAGUUUCGACAGGCGUUUCGAGUAUAUGUGAUAGCAAUACUUGAUCAAGUCACGAAUAAUCAUUAAAUGUUUUAUGUUAUGUUAUCAUUUGUUAUUAUAAAUGAAAUUCCAUAUCCGUAAUUUUAUUAUUUAAUUAAUUUUAU